CUGGGGAGCCUGUCGUUCUGUGCACCCAGCCUGCCGUGCUUUGCACUGCGCAUGUUCGGUGGUGCGCUGGCGGAGGUUUCCGCAGCAGAGGGGUUAGCUCUGCAGCGGCGGGUCUGUCCCUUAGCGCUUAGUUCUCGCAUCGUCUUUGGCCUCCGCUGGCAACGGGUGUUCCUCCGCUCUGGGUCUCGCCAGCCGGAGCUCCAGCGUGCCCCGAUCUGGCCCCCUAUCCCGUGAAGAUGGCUGCCGUACGCCGGGCCCGGAGUUACUGCCGCUGCCUGGUCCGCUUCUCCGACCGAGAACUCUGCUAAGCCCCGCUGCAGCAGACAGGCAGGAGUAGACACCCGGACACCGAGCACACCUCCUCAGGGGACGGUGCAGAGGGGGUGCGGAGAGCCCCUCAACCGGCGAUCGGCCCGCCAGCAUGGCAGAAGCUGAGGAAGAUUGUCAUUCUGAUUCUAUCAGAGCAGAGGAGGAUGGAAAUGAAAGCCCUGCCGAAACCGAUCUGCAGGCCCAGCUCCAGAGGUUCCGAGCUCAGUGGAUGUUUGAACUUGCCCCAGGUGUCGGCUCUGGCAAUUUAGAAACUCGAUCUUGCAGAGCAGGAGCCCGGGGUUCUUUUCUGAAAGUGGCGGAUACCAAAGGAAAGCAAGAAAUGGCAAAAGAAGAAAAGGCUCGAGAACUCUUCCUAAAAGCAGUAGAAGAAGAACAAAAUGGAGCUCUUUACGAGGCCAUCAAGUUUUAUCGUAGGGCUAUGCAACUUGUACCUGAUAUAGAGUUCAAGAUUACUUAUACCCGGUCUCCAGAUGGUGAUGGCGUUGGAAACAGCUACAUUGAAGAUAAUGAUGACGAUAGCAAGAUGGCAGAUCUGUUGUCCUACUUCCAGCAGCAGCUCACAGUUCAGGAGUCUCUGCUCAAACUGUGUCAGCCCGAACUUGAGAGCAGUCAGACUCACAUAUCAGUGCUGCCAAUGGAGGUCCUGAUGUACAUCUUCCGCUGGGUGGUGUCUAGUGACUUAGACCUCAGAUCCUUGGAGCAGCUGUCGCAGGUGUGCAGAGGAUUCUAUAUCUGUGCCAGAGACCCUGAAAUAUGGCGUUUGGCCUGCUUGAAAGUUUGGGGCAGAAGCUGCAUUAAACUUGUUCCGUACACAUCCUGGAGAGAGAUGUUUCUAGAAAGGCCCCGUGUUCGGUUUGAUGGAGUGUAUAUCAGUAAAACCACAUAUAUUCGUCAAGGGGAACAGUCUCUUGAUGGUUUCUAUAGAGCCUGGCACCAAGUGGAAUAUUACAGGUACAUAAGGUUCUUUCCUGACGGCCAUGUGAUGAUGUUGACGACCCCUGAGGAGCCCCAGUCCAUUGUUCCUCGUUUAAGAACUCGGAAUGCUAGAACUGAUGCAGUUCUAUUGGGUCAUUAUCGCUUGUCACAAGAUACAGACAAUCAGACCAAAGUAUUUGCUGUGAUAACUAAGAAAAAAGAAGAAAAGCCACUUGACUAUAAAUACAGAUAUUUUCGUCGUGUCCCUGUGCAAGAAGCAGAUCAGAGUUUUCAUGUAGGGUUACAGCUGUGUUCCAGUGGCCACCAGAGGUUCAACAAACUCAUCUGGAUACAUCAUUCUUGUCACAUUACAUACAAGUCAACCGGUGAGACUGCAGUCUCGGCCUUUGAGAUCGACAAGAUGUACACCCCCUUGUUCUUCUCCAGAGCGAGGAGCUACACUGCUUUCUCGGAGAGGCCUCUGUAGGACCUCACAUCCAGUCCUCUGUCAGUGUUGCAUGAAUAAAAGCAAAUAGUGCGAAAGAGCACCUAAGUUAUAAAUGUACAUACAUAUAUAUAUAUAUAUCUGGAAUUGGAAUUUAUUUUACAUUGUUGGAGUUCUUUUAAGAAGAGUAUAAAUUGAUUUUUUUUAUUUAAAAGGAUAGUUGAUUCUUGGGGUCUUUCGAUUUUGAAAUUAAGAGGUUGAGAUAAGUUAUUUAAACACAUUUAUGUUAUGAAGAACAUUCAUAUGAGCUUUAAAUCAUGUCCUUUUUCAAGCAGAUUUCGGAGCAGAUUUCUGUCACAUUAAGUCUUCUGCCUGAUCAUUCCGAUACUGAAAUGCAUCAGGGGAGAGCUUUACUGGAUAAACAUUUCUUUCACGCAUGACAAAAUGGCUUUGCACUAAAGGCUCAAAUGUGAAAACCUGUUCUAAAUUUGUUUGAAACUGCUUGACCAAUAAAGAUUCUAAAUAAACGUUUCCUUCAAGAAAAUGCA